AUGUGGCGUUUGAGUCUCUUGCGGCGGGUGGCGGCUGUGGGUGGCAGGGCGCAGCCGUCUAGCUCCGCCCCACGUCCGUAUCACCGCGUGCUCAAGAUGCUGCAAGUUGAGGGUGAAGGACUUCCCGCGGCAGGCGGCGUUUUUGAGCAGUUCCGAGCCUUUUACCGACAGACCAUGGCGGGCAAGGCGGCGUCAGGGGCACCGGCGAGGCCGAUUGAGGCGUUUUGCGGCGCCGUGGAGGACGUGGAGCCUUUUGCCCUUGUCAUGAUGAAAGUUCUUUGCGAUCUUCAGAAGAUGGAGGAGCUUCGCUUUCUCUUCGCGCAGUGUGUGCUGGAGCUUCACUCACCCUCGAUUGAGCUGUUCAACGUCUACCUGCUCGCCAUUUCCCUCACGGACACGUUUAACCAGUACGAGAUUGAGAACGUUGUGGAGGUUAUGCGCGCAAAGUCCGUCAGCCCCGACGUGGUGACGCGGCUUUCGCUGUUCAUUUUGUACAUGCGGCUGGGGCAGGACUACUCUGUGUGGUGGCCCGAGAUACGGGACGAGGCGCUGAGCAUCGCGAAGGCCGAACGGCGGGGUCAAUACCCGCUUCUUGAGCUGCGGCUACAGCACUGCUUUCAGACGAUGCUUCGCUUGCACCACGACGUGACAAUGAUUCAGGAGUGCUUUGAACUUCUGAAGCUUCUCGACAGGCAGAGGCUCUCCUCCCGACUCUUGCUGCCGUAUAUGCUGCUUAGCGCCAAUAAUGCGGCGGCGCCGCCUGCGACGACGGUGCAGCUAAUAGAACUUCUGGAGGUAACUUGGAAGCUGGAGGCAUCCACGCCCGAGGUCACUUCCUCACGGUCAACUUCUGCAGUUACCGAGGUGGAAACGGUGAGUGUGGACUCAACCGACCCCGUAUUAAACAACGAGCUCACAGCACUGAAGCUCAUGGCCAAGUGUGCCAAGUGGGGCGACGUGGCAUCUGCCGCCUAUCUUAGGGAAUACCUCGGUAAACACCCCGGCAUUGUCUCUGCAGAGAACCAAGUGGCCGUGUCAUUGCUGUUCCUAGAGGCCGCCUCACGGGGCAAGCGGCUGAAGGAGGCGUUGACCGUGUUAGAAGAUGAAGUGCCUGAAACCCACUGCCAACCAGGUCCCCGACCAAAGUUUUUUCUGGAGUCGAGAAAAGUGACGCUUCUCAACGCGGACCCAAUCAUGACACUGGUACGGCUCGUUGCGUUGGGCGGAGCGAGUGUGGAGGAAGGGUUGGCUAUUUUGGAAGAGCGGCGGGAGGCUGGCGGUGAGGUGAGCCACAAGUCCCUUAAUGUGCUUAUGGAGGCCGCUGCGCUGCUGAAGGAUGAGGGAAAGGCAUCCAUGGUGUUUGCCGCCUUUGAGCGUCUUGGGGCACAGCGGACAUCGCGCACGUUUUUGCUUCUACUUCUUUCCCUGCCUGACGCGGCGAGUUCGGUGGCGCGGCUGCCAGGGGUUCUGGUGGAGAUGUCGGAUUUGGGCCUUGAGCUUUCACGCGAUUUUCUUCGUGGGGGACUUGCGCUGGCAAUCGACGCGCAGGACGUUUCUGCCGCGAUGCAGAUGGUGGGCUACCAUGAGCGAAAACUCCCUCUCCAUAGAGAGUAA